UGCAUCGUCAUCCGCCAUCCAACCCUCGAGACUACUAUCAACGGCUCGAGACGAGCUCGCACCCGACCAAGUAUCGCCAUACCUCCAAUCACAGCAUCGCAGCCGCGUGGUGGAAACGUCGAUCGCAGAAUCCUCAUCAUGUCGAGCGCAGCAGGCGGAUCAAAUACCGGCACGGGUGGAGGACCUCGAGGGCCCAAAUCAGCAGCUUACAGAUCCGCGAUAGCAGUUCAGACCAAUGCAUCCAAGUAUCGCAACAAGUACAAGGAACUCAAGAAGAAGGUCAGGGAGAUUGAGAAUGAGAAUGAGCGAGUCUACCUGAAGACGUUGCGCAUCAAGCGGAACCUGCAGAGGAUGAGGCUCGAGAGAGCUCUGUUGUACGAGUAUCUAGAUGCAGAGCUAGGUGCAGCAGCUCCAGCCACGACGGAGCAAGAGUACGCAGCAUCACGUACCGCCUUACCACCCAAACCCGGGUCCAAUCUGCAAAGUGCCGAUCGUCCCUCUGACCCAUCGCUCAUGCUGGAUGCCAAGGGCGGACGAAGCAUCUCGCAAUCGCGCGAAGCGGUGGAUGCUUAUGUGAUUGGGGAAAAGGAAAAGAGGAAAGCGGCGGAGAUUGCUGCGCAGCAGCAGCAGCAGACAUCUGCUGAUCAGAACGGUGGUGAAGCGACACGAGAGGGAGAAGAGGAUGCGCAUGCUAUGGAGGUGGACGCUGCGGCGAAUGCGAGCUCGAGUACGCCUGGCCCGGCAGCUGCAAAUCGGGUCAAGAUCACCAUCAAAAGGAGCGCUGGGCCAAAUACCGCUACUUAG